UGGCCGUUGGGAGGCUAGCGAAGCCUGGUUGCCUUGGUGAUAACUCAGCAUCCGGCGCCGGCGGCUCUGGUCCUUGGUUUGAGUACUGACGUUUGGCCUGUGUGGUGACACUCAAGAUCUGCAGAUUUGCGGAGGGUCCGGCAUACUGAAGUGGAAGGCAUCUCUUGUUUUUAGAGGAGUGUGUUUCCUUCUCGUGACUCAUUCCGUCCACACAAAGAUGUAAACGUGCAAGCUCACAGUCAGCUAAAGAACUCCGGCCCCUCCCCCAAUUUACUCCGGGAUCGUAGACCCGCUCUCCCCGCUCUCUCGAAGCUAUUCGGGCAGUGUCCAGAGCGCAUCGGAGGGGACUAUAAUCCGGCAUCAGCCUCCUCUCCCCCAAUAACGUCGGGCCUGACGUACGCGUGCCGACGGGGGUAGGGGUCGCGGGAAAGGGGAAGCUUCUACAGCACGCAGUUCGCGGUCCGGGCACCCGAGAGGCGAUGCCCGGCCGGAGUCCAGUGUCCAACUGGUUGGAGCGCAGCUCUUCCGCAGAGCUUCCCCCAGUGGCCAGGCCUGAGGGUGGCGGCGGCAGGUUUUUACCAUCAUUUUCUGAAUGCUGAAGACAAUUAGUUGCUGAAGUCACUGCUGGAGGCAGUACCUCCUCAUCCCUUCCACCAGUUAUUCCCUAAAAGUGAGAGCUGCAAGGCUCUGCAAUUCAGCCCACCGGCAUGGCUCCUGCUGCACCCAUGACCAUCUUUAAAAAUAUAUAUAUAUAUAUGUUUAUGUCAGCUGGACAUUCUUAUUACCAGAAUUCCAAAGAUACUGAUAGAGUCAAAGAUGGACACAAAGUGAACUCACAUAUAGCCAAGCUGCACGAGUUACGGAAAACUCCUCAAAUUCAAACAAUUCACACCCCUAAAUCAAUGACAGAUGCAUCCUUUCUAAAGCAUUCAGACCUCACCGUAGGCCAGGAGCAUUAUCUGUGCAGCAUUACUAAGAUCUAUAAUGCGAACCAUUUGAGGAUGUUGAUGAAGAGGCAGUACGUGUACAUGAUCCAGCACAGUUCACAGAAGACAGGUGUCCUUGCUCAUCUUAGGAGCCGCCUCAGUUCUCGUUACACACAGAGGCAGCAUUACCCCUGCACCACGUGGCGACACCAACUGGAGAGCGUGAACUCGGGGCCGACCAUCACAGCUGCAUCUGCACAUGAAGUGGUCAUACAACACUCCCUUCGGCGGCCAGGGAGGAGCAAAGAAGGUUUCAAAUUUGGAUAUGCAUCAAAAACAAGAUCUAAGUCACUGAAGAUUUUCAGAAAACCAGGCAGACUGUUCAUACAAUCAGUUCCUGCAAAUGAUUCUGAAUCACAGGUGAAUGAAGAAAAAAAGGAAGAAGAUUUACUAAAUAAGUGUAUACAAUUAAUGUCAAUCGAAGAACAGGGAGAACAUGUGAUGUUAACUUGACAAUCUCGUGUAUUAAUGAUGCGCCAAAGUUCAGGGAAGGACUGUGAAUUGUGUCUUCUCACUGCAUUUAGGACAGUAUUGUUAGUCACCACCAAGUCAUUGAUUUUGGUUUGUUCAUAAACUUCUACAGCAGUGUAAUUGCUUUGAUGUAGUUCAUGUACCAGUGACAUUUGUGUAAUAAAAUUUAUGUGUAAUAUAUGCUUGUAUAGCUAGAUAAAAUUAAAAUUUUUCUUGUCACUUAAAA